GUGCAGACCACAGGGCGGCGCGAGCAGGGCGGUGCGGGAUAGAGGUGAUCUCCAGAUAUGAACCUGUAAAGUGUCGGAAUUAAAGCCUUUUGCAGCCCACACAUCAACUAUGCAGACAGGUGUGCUCAUGAAGUGUCACCUGGACCAGCUGGUUCCAGGUGUUUUGUCUCUAGUCCUGUUGGUACACCUGUGCCUGGCUGCACCAGGUCUUCCUGGAACACAAAGAGAGGAAUCAGUAGAUGCCCACCCCCCUUCUCCAGCACUUCCCAAUCCAUUUGGCUCUGGAGUGGAGGAACGUAUGUUGAGACAAAGUUACAUUCAAUCAAGCCUGAAGAAUGGAGGACAAGGAGGACCAGAGAUCACCACCUGGGAACAAGAGGUAUUCUUCCUGUUUGGGCUUUAUGACUAUGAUCGCAGUGGGUUCUUAGAUGGCUUGGAGAUGAUGAAGCUCCUCUCAGACUAUAACUCCCAUCAUAUACCUGGAGCACAGGCCAGUGAGCAGGUGGUUUCCAUGGUAGAUUUCUUACUACAGACUCAGGAUCUAAACCAGGAUGGUCUGCUGGCUCCAUCUGAGCUGCUCUCCCCUGCACUCACUCACACACAGGACUCAAGAAACAACAAUGCACCUCACCAGGAGCAGGAAGUAGUAGAGGAGGAAAAGCUAUCAAACGCUAUCGCUGAUGUGGACAAUGCCGGAGGAGUGGAGCAGAGAGAGGAACAGACUCAUGAAGAGAUUCAGCCUGGAGACGAAAAACAACCACAACAUGAAAUAAAGAUGGGAGGAGAACAUGAGGGACAUCAAAUCCCAGAAGUCACAGUAGAAGACCAGGGGCAGGACCAUAAUAUCCCUGUACAUCAGGGGCAACCAGAGAUGUAAAAAAAAAACACAAUAGAGGAACCACCACUCUGUCAUCUUGGCCUCAGCAUUUUGAGUACUGUAUGGGAAAGCUUAAUCAGCAUCCCCACAAAUGAUCCACUGCUGGAGUUUCUGCUACUGUACAGUUCACUGGACUGUUAAACAUGUAGAUGGGUGGUGAAAAGGUCUUUCUGGUAUUUGAAAUACCAGUGUUCCUGCCACUGUAUUGGGAUGCUCAAUGAAUCCCAGAGCUUUUAAAGGGACAAUGUGUUGAAGUCCGAAUGUAAUAUUAGUCCCAACAGUAAAACAAAAGCCAUCAUUAAUAGAGACUUUUUAAUACUUUUUUUCUAAGUUGAAAAACAUGUUAUCACUUUAAUUGCAUUUAUUUACUAUUUUCUGCCAUGCCUAUUUAAUAUAGUUGUUUUACUGAAUCAUUGCUUACACCACCAGCUGCUUAGUUUAUGAAUCACUGCAUCAUUUGACUGGAUGUUACUUGGAUGUUUCCGCCUCCCUAAAUGUCAGUAUCCACUGUGGAUUCAUGGACAUGUUGACAGUGGGCUCUCUGCACCUUGAGCUGUUUCUUUAAACAUUUCUGAUUUAGAGUCAGUUCAGCUCAGACACUUUUCUAAAGGGUUUCCUUGAAAAUUUGCUCACUUUAAUAACACUUCAACAAGUAAAAUGAGUGUGUGCUAAGUUCACAGCUUGCACCACCAAUCUUUUGACAAAUAACUUAAAAAUAAUCUUUAAAAUGUCACGGAGGCCCCACUAAAAUGAAAUAAAAUAAAAAGUAAUGUAAAAUUUAGUCAUUGUUUGCAAACUUGAAAUGUAUUUAAUGUGUGAAAGGCUGUUCUAUUUGCUGCUGUUGUUUUUUUUUUCUCUAAAUUAAUUUUUUUUAAC